AUGAUCCGCACCUCCAGGCCCCCCUCCGUGCACAGCACUGCCACGGACUUGGGCGACCCCCUCAGUGCCAUCCUCCGCCCUCCGCCCACCGAAACGGAUCGCGAUAGGUUGCUUAGGCUCCAGAGAGAGGAGGAGGCCAAAAGGAUCAGCGACAGCAUCGACGAGGAGAUUAGGCUCGACCGCGAGAGGUACAAGAAGAGCAAGGAGGACGUCAAGCUGCUGCUGCUCGGACAGGCAGAGUCGGGCAAGUCGACCCUGCAGAAACAGUUCCAGCUGAUCUACAAUCCGACGUCGCUGGAAGAAGAGCGACUCUCCUGGCGAGUUGUCAUCUACUACAACAUCGUCCGACCGGUCCUACGUAUCCUUGAAGCACUUGACGUGUAUGGAGAUGAGGUCGAGUCUGAUGACGACUCGGACAAGGGGCGCAGUGCGCAGGUCAUAGUACAUGCAAGCGCAAGCCAGGCGUCUCUCCCACCACCCUCUCCCUCGCCAUCAGUCGAGCAACGCCUUUCUGCCCUUCGUCUCUGCUUGUCGCCUCUUAGCUCCGUCGAGGCCUCUCUCGCCAAUCGAUUGUCCGACGGCGUCGCCGUCUCUGGGUCAGGCAAAGGCAGUGUUAUGGUGCGCUCGGGAUGGCAAGCGCGUGCGUUCGGGCUGUCAUUCGGCAAGGCGCGCGAACGGACCAGUAGCGCCAAGGGUCGGUUCAGCUUUACGGGCCAACGCAAGGUGGAGAGGGACAAGCUGGUGGAGGACGUGGCAAACCUGCUGAAUGCGUGCAAGGACGAUAUCCGGGAGCUUUGGGGACAUGCAGUGGUCAAAAGGCUGCGGGAGAAUAGGAAGUUGAGGCUCGAGGAGUGGGCGGAAUACUUCCUGAACAACAUCGAGCGUGUCUCGUCUCCAGGAUACGUUCCGACUAUAGAUGACAUCCUGCAUGCGCGCAUCCAGACAAUGGGCGUCGCGGAGCAUAUCUUCGAUGUACCUCUACAUGGGCGGAACGUCACUUGGCAUUUAUACGACGUCGGCGGCGCGCGGGGGCAGAGACAUACAUGGGUGCCGUACUUCGAUGAUGCGACUGCGAUCAUCUUCUUGGCGCCCGUCAGCGCGUUUGACCAGUAUUUGAGCGAAGACCCGCGGACGAACCGCGUCGACGACUCAUUACAGCUUUUCAAGCAGAUCUGUUCAAAUCAGCUGUUGAAGAACGCGCAUCUGGUGCUUUUCCUCAACAAGGUCGAUGUUUUGGCCACGAAGCUUGCACGAGGUGUUCAGGUGAAGAAAUACAUCACGUCGUACGGAGACCGGCCAAACGAGGUGGACGCGGUCGUAGGCUAUUUCAAGGCGCACUUCACGCAGGUGCAUACACGAAACAACGAGAAUAAACGCGUAUUGUAUACGCAUCUCACGAGCGUCGUUGACACGAAGGCGAUGCAGAGCAUCAUUUCGAACGUGCGCGACUCGAUCUUCCGGGACUACCUUAAGAAGGCAGCGCUGGUCUAG